AUGGAGUAUUCCGAAAAGAUUGAGAAUAGCGACAUCGAUUCUCACGUUGAUGUGAGUUUGGCUGAACCUAAUGAGCAAAUGUUGUUGUCGUUCAGAAAAUAAUGGAAAGAGUUCGUUUGAGGCAAUUGGAAAUGGAGAGUAAGGACAGCUAUGCGGAUGCCGAGACCCCCUCUAAGAAAAAAGGUUUUUUUUUGUCUUUAUCACUUCAAGUCGUUAUCAUGCAUUAAGCAGGAAUUCUCGAUUGAUAAGCGAAAUUUGAUUAGAAAUGUUGAAGUUUUUAAAAAGUUGAAUGACAAUUGAUUUUAGCGCUAGAUUCCUCGGAUCCAACAGUGUUCAAGAAUGAUGCAGAGUAUAAAACGGAUGUUUCUGUAAGUUGGUUUUCUUACAACCGGUUUCGAACAUCAGGAUUUCUUUUCUUUUUUUACUAGCUUCUUUAGCCAACUCGACAACAGUGUGAUCUGGCAUCUUCUCAACUUUCGGCUCGAAAAGCCCGUUUUUCCGCUCUUGCACAGGUUGUUCUUUAACUAUGAAACCCCGCAAAUUAAAGAGGGAAAUGCAAAAAGACGAAGUUUGAACAUUUGAACUGUGCUGAAAUGAGAUUUUUUUCAGAGCACGCUGACCUGGUAUGAGCGGAAACACGUUUUUAAAUUGCAGCAUGGGGAACAAACUUUUUUGGCGGGAUGCGUUAGCAUUUGCUCAAUAGAAGUUUGAGCAAAAUUUUGGAUUGUAAAUGUGAAAUUCAUUUUCAUCAUCAAAGGAUUUUUUUGAUGGUUAGCUGGUGAAAACGGAUGAAUUGGCUGUAGAAAUUAGAAAAAUUAGAAAAAAAUGAUUAGUAUUUUUGAGAGUUCAUAUCGGGAAACGCGGAAUGCGGGAUCUCCAAUCAGGGUUGCGGAAUUGCGAAUAAACACCUGAAAUGAAAUGAAACGAACCUUAGGGCGUUUUUUUUUCGCGUUUUAGUUUCGUGAAGUGCUCAAACUGGGUCCUUUUGCUGCUCCUAUCCACUGUGUAGAACAAAUUUCUUCUUUAAAAAAAAAAAGAGGAAAAAUCACAUAAUGGUUGAUGUUAUGAAAAACCUCGAACCGUUCGUGUUUCUUGAAAAAAAAAAUCCAUAAAAUUGUUUCAUGCCUUUGCAGGCAAAGUUCAAACGACCUCAUGGAAAGCCUUAAAAAUAAGAGCCUAAGCUCCUUUUUGAGUUGGAUGUCAAAUGGUUUUUCGGAAUAUCCUUUUUUCUGUUUUUUUUUUUCACACCUUAAAUGGUCCUUUUCAGAAAAAAAACCGCCUUUGAGGCCUUUUACAGACUUUUAUUCCGAAAGUCUUUUUAAGACCUUUUUGACUUUGUCCAUAUUGGAGAGUGUCAUUCCCUGUUCCAGGAACUCGCCGAAUUUGAAUACGACUAUGAUAAGGAGAAUAAACCGAAGGAAGCAUACUUGAAAGGCGCUUCACCAAGACUCAGCAUUGGAGAAGUUUGAACCAACUUUUAAACCAUAUAAACGCUUGUUCAGACACGGCCAUCCGUGUUAUGCACACCAGCCGGAGCCGCAUCUUUACGCUCCCCAUCGAAGACAACGCCAAAUAAAAAGUCUGCAGAAAGAAAAUCGGUGGAAAAAGAUGAAAAAAGUGGUUUCCUAUUCUGUCCUUGUAAAAUGAAUGUUGACCGACAGGCUCUGCAAGAACAGAAAGUCGCCGAAUCGCUUUUGCUCAUCCAAUCAGCAACGUCAGCUAUCUCUCUUCAUAUGAAUCGUGUGGGGUAAACAAUUCUGUUCCUUUUUUCUGAUUUUUAAGCAAUCGGUAGACCCAUUUCUUAGUAAAAUUGGCAGAUUGGAAUCCUCCGUGUUUCUGUAGUAUACAAUCGGAUCUCGGUAAUGCGAAACAGGUCGGGUCAUUUCUAGCGCUCAUUUUAUUAGCGUCAGAACUCCUCCGGGAGUCCUAGAAUUGCUCAGAGACGUCCGAUUUCUAAUACCGAGUUAGAGUUAGCAAUGUGCAAUGAAAAGGCUUUUUUUUUAAAGUUUUAUGAAAGUUUUUUUUUUAGACGUCAAUCUCUACGCAUUCCGCGUCCGCCAAUGAGAGUACCUUAUUGGGUGGCUCGAGCGAAAUGAUGCAGGUUGGAAGGAAAAAAACUCGCAUCGUUUGAUGUUCCUCACCAUCCAUUACAGAACGCUACAUCAUCGCUAGAUUAUUCAAUGGACAAAAGCUUGACUGUUGAGAACACUUUUGCGAAUUCAAGGACUGCAGUCGCUGCCGCGCUUAAGUCUUGCGAAGAUGAAAGUCAAAACUACGGAGCUCACACCUUCAUGCGAAAAGUUUUUUUUCUUCUGUCGAAACAUGAUUCUAUAGCUGAUUCACGGCUGGCUUCAGCCAUCGAAAAAAAAAGGGAGACGCUUAGAAAAGAAACAGUGUCUGGUCGAUUUUUUCGUAGUCGUGAAUCGGCUAUACAUCAGCACUAAAAUGAACAGUUUUUUAAACAGACAUCAUUAGUCUCAUAGUGAUCAGUUUAUGAAAAGGAUCGAACAUUUUAAAAGUUUUUCGUUUCAGAAAACUCCACCGACGCCCAACGCUCGCUCAAUGUUUUUUAAUAAUGUACCAUCUCCGAGUUUGGAACCGGUAGAACAAAUUUCUUCGCCGCCUUUGUCUAUCACUGCUGGACUUGUCUCAUCUCCACAACCCUUCUCUCGUACUAACAGCCGGAAUCACUAUUCGCCUGUUCAGUUUGUGAGUUUAGGAAGAAAAAGUUCAUCUUCGGAAAGUUGUCCCGGACCUCACAAUGCAAGUUCGCUGAGUUUCAAAAAAAAGCAUCAUGAAAUUCCGUCAAAUUAAAUUUCACACUUUCUACUUGAUGAAAUCAUCUUCAUGCGCUGUUUUUUUUAAAUAUUUCAUAAUUCGUUCUUUUAGGCACCGCAAGUCACUUCAUCUCCGAAAGUGCCGAACAUAAAGCAUCCUAUUGACCUUCGUAAGUAGAGCGUCGUACAUCGCGUUUUUUUGUUUCCGUGUUUUUUUCAAAAUUUUUUUGAUUUUUUUCCCUGGAUUUCGUUUAUAAUAUCACUUUAUUUUUAUUCCAAAAUCAGCGCAAGGUUUUUUUGAGGCAUAAAAGUGCCUUCUCAUGAAGAAAAGCGCAUUUUCGCAUACACUACUCUUCGCAAAUGGAUUUUCUCGUAAAAAUUAACAUAUCGAAGUUGUACACUUUAAAUGAAACUCGAUUCGAGAGAAAAGCUUUCAGCUGUCCUCGGAUCUAUAAACGAUGACACUCCACGUUCGAAGCCUCGCACGACUUGGAUGGUAUGAUAAAAAAAAAAUUUUUUUUCUUUUUAGAGUUUUCAAGAUACACUUCCGAUUUUCAGCGCUCCGAAGGCACCAGUGGAUACGACGAAAACUUGAAAAGUCCGGCGCAAGUUUCACCGGCAAAGUCGGCUGCAUUGACUGGAGCGAUUGCCAAAAAGAUUGCUCAGGAAUUGGAGUAUAAAACGCGACAAAACGAAAAAGUUGGGAAUUGCUCCUGAAAAUUUCCGUGAAAGUUGGCCAGGAUACUUCUCGACGUAUUAAAAGAAGGUCUCGACAGUUUCAGUCUGUGUGAACUUAUAGUUUUUAAAAAAGAACAACGGCUCGAAGUCAAAGAAAACACUCAAACAGAUUAAAAUAGACCUAUUUGAUGCUUUCAGCCCUAAUUUCUCAAAAACGCGGGAGUAGUACAGACGGGAACUCUCGAUUUUUUUUUUCUGGUACAUAAAAAAGUGUUUUGGCCAAUUUUCAGGAAAUUCUUAACCGCGAAGUGAAAUUGCCUCUCUCAUCCGUCUCUCUCUCUAUUUCCUUUUUUUCAGAACCUUGUUCCCAAACCUCAGGCGACACCAUUGAGCCACAACUUCAAUCAGGAUUACCAGAGGGCGACGUCGACUUUGCAGACGCAAUUCCGCGGAAAAAACAACACGCCUGUGAUCAAAGGAUCGUCGGCAGAGGAGAAAACGGCGAAAAAAGUCGUUGGGGCGAGCAACCUGAAGAAUCUCAAGUCGCGCUGGGAGUUCUCUUCGGCCACCGGCACUCCGAUUCAUCCGGACGCCUCCGAGGACACUCUCCUAGCUGCCGCCAUUCGGAUGAAAGAAAUGGCCAUUCCAGUUCAUGUACGUUGCUUUAAGUCCAGGAAAAUUUCACCGAGUGUUCCAAGAGUGAAAAAUAAUUGCCAAGAGUGCAUACAGACUUCGCUCGAGUUUUUGUUUAAAAAUCUUCGAAUUUACGACAAUCUGUUUUUGCGGCUAGAUAAGAGCCUUGUCCUCUUUUUCAGAUUCACCGAGUCAAACUUGCUAGAAAAAAAUUUAUUGAGUCUUCUGUGAAGAUUCUCUGUUGAAUCAUGUAAUAAUUGAUUGAAUAACUGCUCUUCGGUUCGCGAAACUGAUCAAGAAGAGCGUGAAGAUCAUCUCGCCUUUCUUGUGAUAGUAGUAAACGAGUUUUGAGCUUUCCGAAGAUCAGCAGUUUCUUCAUGUAGGGACAGUACGGCGCCCAGCUUUUUCUGAACUGGCGGGCAACGGAUCUCUUAGCGCGAGCGGGAAAAAAUUGAUUGACCAAAAAUACACAUGAUGAUAAACAUCCGUAGGUAGAAUAGAGGAGGCGAUGAUUAUGAAGUAAACAAAAAAGUAGCAAUUUUCGCCCCUUUGUGGAUUCAAACAGUUCAGGACAGUCGAGAGAACAAAGUUGGCGAGAUUCACGCACAAUUUUAGUUUCCAUUCCCGCGUAUAAUCUUUUUUUUUCAUUUACUCAAGCAGCCAAACCACCAACCUGCUCAAAAAUUUUGAUGUUGACUUUUUUUUCAUUAAGAACUGAAUAUAAGUUCCGCUCCUAGGAUAAAGUUAUUUUUGGAAAGUUUAUGCUUAAUUGUCCAGUUUCAGCAACAUAGGCCCUUUGGAGGAAACGGUGCUCGUCAUGCUCGUCCAUUGGAAAAAUCUGUGGAAAGUCCAACAGAGGUUUUUUUUUCCGAUCUAUGGGGGUUUUUUUUUAAAUAAAAAACUAUGUUGCGCCCAACUGAUAAUUUAGUUAAUAUUUUUAGUAUGUUCAAAACUUUUUUACAUUUUGAUUAUUCAGAUCAGCCACCCGGUAGAGACGACGACUUUUGAUUAUCCAUCAAACGCUCAAGGUGAACAUGAAGACUACGAGGAGGAGAAGAAAAACGUCGCGAGUAACACUGAAGAAGUAAGAGCUCACAGUAGUCCUCAGCUAAAGAUCCGAAACUAUAUAGCUUCUCCCACAAAAAACCCUUACGAAAGAGUUGGAGUGCGAGUCGGUGACCACUCCAAAGGUUUGUUGUUACAAGUGUAGGAGCCCUCACUUGGACUCAAUUUGAAGAAGAUGUUCGAGAGAGAUUACGAAGUUUUAUCUGCCGAUGCUUCUCGCAUAAUUGAUCACGCUUUCGGAUUCAUGGAGUCGUCAGGGGGCAGCAAGCCAAACACUCCAAGUCCCACUAAAUUUGUCGUCACAGAGGUAGAGUUGUAAUUGAGGUAAAAAAAAUAAAUCAAAUAUUUCCCAAAGUUAGGAUCGUGGUUCGACGCAAAAAAAAAGUUAACAUAACAUUUUUUUAAAGAUUUUUUUUUCAAUCGAAUACCGGUUAUUGAAUGUCUGGAUUGAUCAUAGAAGCCCUUACUUUCAAGCCUUCGAUUUACCCGAGGUCAUAGAGAACCGUAAAAACAAGCUAGUAACGAACCAUUCCAAAUGCGACCACGGUGUUUGAAAUCGGGGUGAGCUGCAAACAUUUCGAAAAAAAAAAUCUUUUCUGCGGUUAUAGGUCAGAAAAUCUAGAAUCAAUUUUACCCGACUUCCCGUGGUCGCAUAUAGAAAGGUCUAGAGCACUUGAGGUUGUUCUGAGACGAACCCGACAAAAAGAGGCUCGCAUCCGAGGCCAUAAAGAGCAAAUUAAUAACUAAUUUCUCUUUAAAUUUCGAAGAAACGAAAUAAGUUUUCUCGUUUGCAGACUAUUCCUGGAAUGCCAGACGACGAUGCAAGAGAAACGGACCAUUUCAAGGAAAUGGUGGAGAAGCAACAUGCCAAUAAGCAUUCUCAGCACUUUGAAGAAUCUUCCGGUUCCGCAGAACCUAAUUUCAAAAAAAACCGUAUUUUUAUUGAGAGCCACGAAUGCCUUAUUCCGUCUCCUUUUACCGAAAGGCGAAGCGAGAGCGUGCCGAACCGCUUAAAUCGGAGCAAGUUGCUUUCCCGUCAGCACCGCCCGUCCAGCAGUGGGUGGUCGGCAACAAGUCUUUACUCGAGUUUGAAUCCAGCAGCAAGUCUGAUUUCACUCGAGAUGAUAUGGAUAUUCAUGUGAGGGAAUUUUGUGAAGACCUCUCGUUUCUUUACGCCUCAGGCACUCAGGAUUUUCUUCUGAGAGAGAAAUUCGGUAGAACCGCGUUAAAAAUGAGCGUUCGGUGUCUAUGCCUAAUUUUUUUAAAAAUUUCGUGGAGAAAGUAUCUUUUCAAAGCAUAGCUGACUUAUUUUAUAGAGACGGCUCAAACUGGAAAUGCAAGUGGUUGAAGAGCAUAUUUCUCAGUCUUCUCGUGCACUCAACCUUUGUAGGAGCACGAUAGCGUUCCGUGGCUCGAGAGAAGAGGUAAGAAGAAAGAGAUCUAACAACCACGUUCGUUUUGCAGGUUGAAAUGCAGAGGGCUCUGCUCAUCGCUGUUGAGAAACGACGUUCACUAAUGGCCGAAAUUGACCGGCUAACCAAAAAUGGACCUUUGAUGUCAGUAAUCAAUGUGUUGAAGGAAUGAGAGCCUUCAAGCGCCACCGAAUAUUUAAAAAAGCUUGACCACCGCUCUUUUUGUAACUUUUCUAUUUUUUGUCAAUGCGCAAAUGAAACAAAUCAAUGAACAAUUAUAAAAUGAAUGAAAAGAGCGAUACACGAGCUCUCAAAAUAGUCGCAGGCGGUUGAAUUGAACUCGUGCCAAGAACCGCGUACGCGCACGCUACGCGUUUCGCCUCCUACCCCGCCCCCCUAGUCUUUCAAAUCGGGAAAAAUUGACUAUAACAGCGUGACGACCCUAACGAGUUCACUUGGGCCUUGUAUUAUGACUCUAGCUUUUUUUUCCUGCAUUCUCUCUGUUUUCGCAUUACCGGUUUAGAAUCGAAGGGCCUCGUGGCGAAGUGACAAUGAUCCAACUUCACGUAAACUUGUCCCGAGAGUACGUUCAGAGUCAGUUGGCGAGCACCCAACGCAACAGUGAGUUUAUAUAAUGUUUGUAUUUGAAAAGGGACUCUACUUUCAUUUCAAUCCAUCAAUCAAUCAAAUCAUUUAUUUUGUUGUUUUAGUCUGAUGUAAUCGACUAGGCGGUGAACAAGAACUUUAAAAGCUAUAACGAACAACCGCCUUUGGCGAACUAGAAGUCCAAACGUGUAGUCGAAAGAGUUGAAAGCAUGGUCUUACGGUCCUUCGCAUCGUUCUUCUGCGCGUAGUCCAUCUAGUUGCGCCUUGACGAGCUCAGAAUGUAGUAGAUGGUGCUGGAGCCCGGAGACCGUGCUCUAGGUGGAAGCCUCACAAUGAGAGCGACCACUUCGAGUGAAGAUUUUACACGGAAUGAAGAUUUUACACGAGUUUCAAAAAAAAAAACGGAAGCCAAAAAUGAAGAUCACUAUUCUGUACUUUUCAGACGAUUUAUACUACUUCGUGGCGAUGAUCAAGUGGAGCGAACAGGUUGACGUGUCGAAAAUUUCGAAUAGUGACGAGGCCAUUCGUCGCAAGGUGGCUUUUUCUCUGGAAUUUGGAUCGUUCUUUUUCCUCCAGGGACUAAUUGAGCUGACGAUGCCGCUGCAGUUGCGGUCGCUUCCACCAGACUUCCAGGCACACGUGGAAAUAUACGGCCUUCGGACACACCGCGAGCAAGUUUCGCACGAUGAAAAGUUCCGGCUCAAAGGAUCGACUUUGAAGGGAAAAGUUGGUGUACGAAAAUAUUCUUGGCUUGCUUGCAUGCUGUAUGGCUCGUGUAUGUGCUUUCUAACCUUUGUUAUAUGGAAGUUUUGACCAGCUAUCGUUCUAUUACUCCCUCCACUUUUUGGAAUCCGGUUCCACCGCAGCUGACAAGGGAAGUGUCUGAGGUGAGCAUCGCAGAUCUGCUCCAAGCUUCUUUCGUAGGUAAUCCUAACCAUACAUAAGCAGACCAUUUUUUAAGGCCGCCGACCCCUCCUCCCGAGUCUUCCAAAGUUAAAGUACCUUCUGCAGUUUAGAACCUAAUUUUAAUUUUGUCAUUACUACCUCCCUGCGGUUGAAACUUACUUUUGUACUUCAUUUUUUUUUAAAUUCAAAUCAACCCCUCUCCCGGACGGAUUGAGUUUUUUACUUAUUCGUGUAAGAUCCUAGAUAUAAGUACUAGAUAGAAAACAGAAUGAAUUAUCUGCUCAACCUAAUGGGGUAUUGAGAAAUAGUUCGUCGAAAUGUACGCAAAAAGCUCAAAUGACUCGCUCUUUAAAACGACGGAUAUAAUGAACUUUAUCAUAGGAAACACGGGGAAGAUAUUUUUCUUUCUUCAAAAACCCAAAAAUAAUGUUUUCCAUCGGUUUUUUUCUUUCGAUAGUCUGAAAUAAAAACCAGCGAAGUUUCGAACGACGACUUUUCCGAUUUUUCCAUAUCGCUAAGGAAUUUUCCUAUUGCGACGCUUCCGAAUUUUUUUUUUCAUGAUUAACUCUUCGUUUCAAAUCGGCUUAUAUAAAAUAGGUGGUUUAUUCAUGAUUAAAACGCAAAGGAAAGGAAAAAAAAAAUGUUAAUAGAUUUUUUAUAAACCGAAAAGUAUAAGGGAAAAAAGUCGGAUAGGGAAUAGUCGGGAACAUCACAGUCGGAAAGUUCCUUAGCAAUAUGAAAAAAAUGGAAAAGUUCCCGUUCGAGAAUUGGUGGUUUUUUUUUCAUUACCCUAUUGCGCUUAGCGGAAAAUGCUAUUGUUUUCGAGUAAUCAUUCCUAGGACCAGAGAAAUUCGGACCUGAUCUGCGAUGUUUACCUCAAAAACUUCCCUAGUGAGUCGAAAUUUGACACAAUUACCAAUCGAUAUCAUGGACUCUUUAAAAUACCACAACAUGGACUCUUUAAAAAUUAACAUUUCAGGUGCUUUUCGGGCAUGUACUUGUUUUUAGAAACCCCCAACCAGUGACGACGAUGCGAACAUGUUUUACCGUAGUCGCGACGUGGUCUCUACUACAACUCCUUCAUCACGUCGCCGAAGUUUUGUUGGCAACCUUUUCCGUUUUGUCAGUGUCUUGUCCCCGCUUUCCACGUUUUUUUUUUUGUGAGACAGCGUUUUAAUUUUCACACACGUUAUUCAUAUGAAAAAUACUUUUUUUUAGGGCAAAGGUGCUACCAUCAACUCUUCAAUGAGCGAAUUCUCGUCGAAUUUUGAUUCUUCGUUCCGGCUUCUGGGAUCCUACACUUUCGACAUUUCUUUCCCCAACAAAAAGGUUCGUUUGCUUUUUUUUUUACUUCAAUAGCCUGUUCUUUGCAUUUUUUUUUUCUAUCAUUCAUGACUCGAACAGUUCUCAGGAUAUGUUUUUACAGCUCGUUCAACUUGAUCAACCCAUUUAUCCAUUGGACGGAAGCGCCAUAAUGAAAAUCAAAAAGUAUGCUCUACUACCGAAAAGUUUAUUCGAAAGUGUAUGAUUUUUGAGGCGUGCCAUCGAUGGCAGCGAUGUGCGAUUCCGUGGAUUUCUUUCCAUGUAUCAGAGGACCAGAGAAGGUUUGGGCUCCUGGAACAGGUAAACUCGCGAGAAAGUUCGUUAAUUCAUUGUUCCUACAGAUAUUGGUGCGCUUUGGAUAAUGGUGAGAUGAAAUUUUGGAAACACCCCGAGGACGAAACGAACGAUAAGGUAAUUUUCAAUUUUUGACUCCAAUUCAUCAGAUUGUUUUUUUUUUAUUCGUUCAAAGUAAUUCGCAAUACCAGCCAGAGAUAGAUAAGAGACAAAAUUUCAGAAAUAUUUCUGCGUUUUACGAGAUUAAUUUGAGCAACAGCUCCACAGUUUAUUUUGCAGGUGUGGCUGGUGCUCUUAGAUCUGGCGACUAGCGCUUCGACGGAAGGCGCUUCGACAAUCGAAGACAUCUGUCCUUACCCCAACAGUUUCCACAUCGACGUUUGGGUGCCCAAAGAUUGCGUCGACGCUGGAAACCGAAACGAUACUCUCAAUACGACCCAUCAGCGGCAAAUCGAGAAACUGAGGCAUGUGAAAAAAAUAAUAAUCUUUUUUAAAAACGUAAAAAUUAAAUUUUUUUUUAAUUAAAUGUUAUAAACGAACGACUUUUUCAGAAUCAUCCAAAAUUUCCUUUUUAACCGUCCGUUAUCAAAAGAGCGCGUUUGACAAGAAAAUCUGUGUGAUGACGACGAAGCGGUCUUUUUAAUACACCUGUGUAUCAGCUGAUGAAUAUCGAUAUUCUUCGUCUUUACAUGACUCCAAUUUUUUUUUUCUGUCGCUAGUUUCAGAGAUAAAAAGCUUUUUACCGUUAUUCCGUGAAGAAAAAAAACUUCACAGUUUUAUUAUUACUAAUUAAAAAGCGGCCUUUUUCAGAGUGAUGCUGGCAGCAGAUACUCCAUCUGAUCUAGCUUCUUGGCUAUCGGUCAUUAAUCAUACAACUCGGCAACUUUGCACAUGGCGGAGCCCUGUCGUUUAA